CCUCACCUCUCGACCUCUGGCUGGUGUGUUGGUGUUGGUGUUAUGAUUCGCGUUCGUUCGCAGCUGCUGUGCUGUGAACGUCUACUUGCAUCGUCUAUCCAUGAUUAUUUCGUGGUUGCUAUCAGCCAUCGACAUUUCGGUCUGGCCACCGCUAACAACCAUCUAUCAACGAUCUCUGUUCUGGCCGCCACCAUUUACUAUCAACGAUCUCUAUCCUGGCCACCGUCAACUUACGCGAAUACCCCGGCCGCUACUACUUACGACUGGUCGGUGCUAUCACCGACCGUACUACGAUACGACGCCAAUUUUUGACUCGCACGACAUGAUACAGUUCAACAACGUUCAGCCAUCUCAUCACAAGCAAUGAAUCUCAAUUGACACGAAGGAAUGAAGGGGAGAUGCUUCAAUUUCCGAUGUUUUUAUACCGAUCUACGUAUUCGACCUCUACUUUUCUUAUUCCUUUUUUUCUCUGAUGUUUGAUCCCAUGGACACUGUUUCGAUUUUUUUUUGGCGUAUUUUAUCAUAUCAUAUCGCGUUUCGUUUUUUUCUGCUCUUUUGCUCGAGUACUCAAUCACAACUACAACCACCACAUUUCUCGUUUUUCUCGAUCUUCCAUACCAACACACACAUACAUCAUUUUUUCAUACCAAAAAUUCGUUUGGCUUGGUCGUUU